AUGGAUGCAGAUUUUAUUGAACAAAAAAUGAUCGAAGAAAUCACGGUAAGAUUUCUCUCAUGAUAGAGCUGUACAUUUUAUUCAAAGGAAGUGUUUUCAGGCUCGAAGAUCGCACGUUCUUCAAAAAUUCGCCGAUUUCGAGAAUGAGGCUUUGAAAAAACGCGAGUUGUUGGUGCAAUCUUGUCGUUUUCAAGUUUUCAACAGAGCAUCGAAAGAUUUGGAUUUAUCAAUUCGCGAACUUUUCGAGCUUGUUGAUAAAACAUUGAUUGCGCGCAACACUGAAAGCUUGAAGAAAGUUUUCAAAAACAUUGGAAAACUGAAAAGCGAAGCGAUGGAGCUUGAAAAAAGCUUGUGUCAUUUGGAAGGAACUGCGUCGAAAUUUGAAAAUGAAAAUCAUUUCGCAAAAGUAAAUGCGAAAGAAACGGCGAGAAAACUUCGAGAGGAUUGGGAAGCUUUGAUGAAUUUGUUGAACUUGAAAUUGAUCGAUGUUCAGAGGGAAUUAGAUUCUUCACAUUUCAUUCAGAAGUGUGAAGUUAUUUUGGAUUGGAUACAAAGUGUUAAGAAUAAUCAAUGGAAUCCAGACAAUAAUCGAAUUUUAUUUGAAGAAAUGCGAAAAUAUUCGGUUUUGUGGAAUGAAGUCAAGCAAAUAUUUCACGAUUUUGAAAUGCCGAAAAAUGAAGAAAACGAGAUUUUCAACAAAUUAGAGCUUGAAUGGCAAGGUUUGGAGAAUUUUGUUGAUUCGAUUUCAAAAGAAAUGGACGAACAUGAAAGAAUCUUGCAAUUUGUUGAAAAUGUCGAUGAUAUUGAAAAAUGGAUUGAUGAUAAGGAAAAGGAAAUGAAGGAGAAAUAUUUGGAAAUGGAUUUAGAGGAAAGUAUGAAAUAUCGAAAAACUAUUGAAAUUGAAAUUGAAACAACGAGAAGAAGAGUUAAAGAUGCGGAUAAGAAAAGGGAUGAAUUAAUGAUGGAGAAUGAUGGAAAUGGGAAAGAUUUGAAGGAAAAAGUGGAGAAAAUUGAGAAUCGAUUCAAGAAGUUUGAAGAAUAUAUGGAGGUUUGUAAAAUUUCUGAAGAAAUUGGAUGAAUUCUGAAUAUGACAGAAUGUUUAGAAUGUACCAAACUUUACUGACCCCUCAAGUUUUUUUUUCAGAAAUGGAAGAUCGAUGUUGAAAACAAAGCAGAUCUCGAAACAUUCCUCCACGAAGCCGAUGAUAUUUUAUAUUGGUGUUCGGAAAAAAUGGAGGAUUUGAAAAAUAUGAAACAAAAAGAUUCGAUGGAUUGUGAUGAGAUUGCAGUUUGGGUUGAAACCAAUAAUUUCGAUUUUGAAUCUUGGGAUCAUGUUGUUGAAAGUUUCUUCAAAAAUGGGCAAACUCUUCUUGAAAAAGGAAUUGAGGUUGAAAAAGUUGAAGAGCAAAUGAGAAUUGUUGAGGCCGAAUAUAAAAUUCCGAAGAAAGAAUCGGUUGAAGUGAAUGCGUUUCUGGAAGAUAAAAUAAAAACUAUAUUUUUGGAAAAAGAAACAUUUGAUCUUCAACAAAUGAAUACUGGACUUCAGAAUCGAGUCAAUGAAUUGCUGUUGGAAUUGCAACGUGUUGUAAGUGCAUUUAUUUUUACUUACACGAAGAUUUGUUUUAUUUUCGAGUAAUUCUUGCUCUUUCAUGGUUGGAAAUCAGAAUAUAGAAAUUCCGACUAUUUUAGCAUAUCUUCCAAUUUUUAUAUCGAUUUUCAAGAAUAAUCAAAUGAUUUUCUAAAAAUGUUCUCCGAAUUUUUUUAUUUAUUCAUUCAAACAAUUUAUUUAUGCACUUGUUUCAAACAAGUUGUUGCGAGUUUUUGAUUUGGGCCAAAUAAGACGCUUAUAACUUGUUUGUUUUUUCUAGUUUUUGUGAAAAUUCGAAAAUGUUUUGAAACCAAGAAGUAGAUUUGGUCGGAAUUAAUUUAUUUGAAAGUUUCAAAGGAAAAACCAUGUCUCUAGUAUUUUUUCGAUUCGGUCAAAGAUCCACAGUUUUCAAGAUCAUAAAAUAACAGGGUCCAAAUUAAGGUCUAUUUUUUACGGCAGUUUUUGAAUCGGGUCCGAUUCCUAUGGUCCGAUUCAAAAUUUGCCUAUUUUUACAGUCGAAAAAUUAAAGAAAAAUAUGUUUUUUUUAGAAAACUACCUCCACCAACAACCAAGUCCAACAACAACAACAACAAAAUCGACGAACUAUCAAAUCUUCUCGGCCAACAGCGAAAUCGACCACAAAUCAAAUAACAGUUGUUAAAUCGUGAGUUUUUUUGCUGAAAAUUGACCGAAAAUCUGAAAUUUUGCUAAAAAUGGUGGAUUUCGCCUCAACUCAAAACAUUGAAAUUUUGACGAAUGUUUGAUCUUGGAUUUGGAAGAUUCAUAGGAAUUUGGCAGAAAACCGUGAAUUGGAAUUUUCUCGAUUUUUCAUUUUUUUUUUUGAAACUAGUAUGAGCUUUUUCACAACAUUUUAGGCUAAUGAUAAAAUGCAAUAGGGUGAGAGGAAGAUAUUUAGAGAAAAACAUGAAAGAAUUCACGUUUAUUUGAAUAUUCGCGUGAACUCUUGUCGCCUCGCUUCAUUUUUCAAAAAAAAAACAAAGAAAAAUAAUACAUUUUGUGUUUAGCGCUUGGCCAUUUUUUUGAUCAAUUUUGGCAAUACGUUUGAACGACCUCUCAGAAAACGUUUAAAAAAGUAGAAUUCUAGUUAUUAUUUGAGCAUGUUUGCUCAUCAAAAACGUGUUUUUUCUUUAUAAUCUCUCUCCUCUCACCAAAUUGCGUUUCGGAACGUUGUGUUUUAUUAAUUCAAAAAUUUAGUCAAACUUCAUGAUCCUAUGGCACCGAAAAUUUUUUCAACAUUUUUCCUGUAUUCUUUUUUGUCAUUGGAUAUUUUUUGCCCGAAUUUCAUGAAAAUGAUCUUUGUGUGCUCCUAAAAAGCGCAAAAUCCUAAAUGUUCUCAUUUCCAGAAAUCUUCCAACAUCCGCAAAUCCAAAUAGAUGUGAUUAUAAUGAAGACAUGUUGGGCGAUUUUUUGCCAUUCUUUGUAUAUGUUGAAAAUGAGUUGGGAGCGGAUGAAAAAUGUUAUAUUUAUGAGCAAUUAAAAGUAUUGGAGGUGUUACGAAUUGGUUAUAUGAAACAAAGGGAAGAGGAAAAUUUUAUCAAGAAAAUACCAUCCAAUGCUGUUCCCAUUUUCAUUAAGUAAGUUAUUUUUUAAUGAAAUUCUUAUUUUACCUAGGCUUGAAGUUAAAAUCAAAUAUGCACAAUAAUUUUUUGCAGUAUCCAUAUGAAAACCGGCUCGAUAAAAGGAUGUAAAAAAGUGUUGAUCGAUUGCAUUCGAGUAGCAUUCAAUUGCACUCUUCAAACAGUAUACCGCGCAUGGCCUCAAAAAAGAUAA